UUGAUCACGAAUCCAGAUCCAGGCGAAGGGCAGGACUACGAGGUGUUUUGUUUUCGUCUCUAAGCGUGUUCGAAAAUCUGAAACAAUCUAUUGAUACUUUCAGAUCGAAGUCAACGGGGCGGAUUGGAGUACUAUCUCUGGUUUGGCGGAUACCACGGCUGCCAUCACGAAUGCAGCAUUUGAUUUCAGUGCGUCUCUCGCUUUGUGAGCAUGAGGCAGUAGCGUAGCUAGGUAGAUGAUAAGCGCCUCUUAAGCGCCACAUGACGCGUCCACAUCGUGCUUCAACGUUCAACUACCACAGCAAUUUUAUUUUCGCCCACAGAAUGGACGAACCUUCUGAAGUAUCCAUGGACAUAACUCGUUCACCUUUUCAUUCAAUAAUCGGAACUAAUUGCUCCCUUUCUCAAGUAGAAAGAGCAUCCCUAAAAGAGUUUCUUGUUGCACCACAACUCGAAAAGUCCCGGUUAGAGGCGGAGUUAUCUCGUGUCCAGGCUCAUUUGAAGAGUACUGAGGAAUACAUUCAUGCUCACCAAAUGUUGCUAUCUCCAAUUCGCAAGCUGCCUCCGGAAACGCUCGCUGAGAUCUUUAUGCAUUGUGUUCUGGCCGCAGAUGCGGUGCGAAGUUUGCAAGAAGCCCCUCUCCUAUUAACCAUCAUUUGUCGAGAUUGGAGGAGAGUUGCCAUCGACACUCCUCUGUUGUGGAAAUCCCUUCACUUCUACCUUCCUCCACACUUAAACCAGGAUGCGUUAUCCCUGCGACUCGCAGGAAUCUCUCUAUGGCUUGAACGCUCUGGUUCUCUUCCAUUGUCCAUUUCAUUUCAUGGCAGAACAGCCUAUAGUUCGCCGCUGGUAGGAGAAUUUGAUGAGCAUCAGACGAAGAAGAACAUGGAGUCUUGCAUCCGCACUCUGAUGCGGUUCGCUAAUAGGAUCGCAACUCUAUCAUUAUCAUUACCUCUCUCAGAUUUCGCGCUCUUCGAUGAACUAUCUCCCCCAAAAUUUCCUGCCCUUAUAUACCUUCGAUUACGAGAUGCAAAUCUACACGAGGGAUCGUACGGACAUCUAUCUGAAACUCCAGCAAUCGCUUUCCUUCCUUCUUUACUUGGUCGAAUGCCAGUAUUGAGCACACUUAAAGUUCAUGAAUUUCAUCUUCGUAGAAAUGCUGCUCUGAGCUUUGGACUAGGCUCUUUGACCAACAUCGAUCUAUCUACCGGGGGCAUUACUACAUUUGGGGUGCUUCUUACUACGAAUGAAGGGCUGGCUCUUUUAGCGCAAACCCCAUUGGUACAGAGCGUUAAAAUAACUAUCCAUCUGGGAAAUAGUAAUAAUAAUCCCAAUGACACCAGUUCUCCGGCGCGCACUGAGGUCCACCUCAAUCAACUGGUGGAAAUGCGUCUUGUCUUUAUCAGAGUCUCGAGACUAGUUGAACUAUCCUCCGAUAUGCAAACGCAUAUGACUCUCUUCUUCGACAGUAUUCAAUGUCCUUUGUUAGAAUCCUUUUCCGUGUCCUGGCAAGGAUUGCUGAUCACUCAGUUGCCAUUUCGUGCGUUACCUCUCAACAAAUUGGAUUCUUUGGACUUGGAUAUCUCCAUGGACUCGACAACUUUGUUGGAAUGCCUUUCGCUAGUUACCAACAUAAAAUCCUUGCGAUUCAAUGCUACCUCAGGCAGAGGUGGACCGGGUAAUGCUAUGAUUACCUGCUCGUUCGAGGAUUUACAUCUCUUGGGCCUCACACAAUCCUCCAAGGAUGUUGUUCCUCUCUGCCCACGGUUACAAAAGUUACAGCUGAUCAUGAAGACGACGGACGGUGGCUUGAAUAUGAACACCACGGCUCUGAUUAACUUAAUCCAAAGUCGGCGCAACACGCUCACAUAUUGCGACCUUUUCUUUCGUAACAGACCACCUUUUUCGCCGGAACAAUUAAUCAGUUUACGAAAACUUAAGGAUGAUGGGUUGAACCUGCGACUGCAUUGUGCCAAACCACUCUUACCGCCAAACUUGGAUCCGCCCACGAUGGGUCUUCCAGAUCUACCAUAUAUGCAUCGGCGACCUCUUUUACACCAGAUGUAUACUGUCCCUGAUGUUAUGGAAGGCCCCUACGGUACAGAGGUCAUUAUUUGAAUGUUCUCCAACCUGUAUCUGUUGAAUGAAAAAUCAAAUUGCCUUGGUAUUCAUAGUGUUUGUUUGAAGAAGCUUGUUCGAG